AUGGAGUCAUCGUGUUUCCCUCCAGGAGGCACCGGCACGCCCGUGACAGGGCCCGUACGCCCUCCCCAGAUACAGCUCCUGGACUUCCUUUUUCCCGGGCUUUCAGUCCUGUCGGAGCCUCUCCAGCGAUAUUUCCACAUCGACCUCAACAUCUACAUCCCCCUUGUACUUCUCAUGGGCGGUCUUACCUUUGCUUGGCGAUACCUCAGCGAGACCUUCCGCAAUGAGCUCGAGUCGCAUUUCAUGUCCACGGUCGACAUUAGGUGCGACGAUGAGAUCUACAAUAUGCUCAUGGGCUGGGUGGCUUCUCAGAAGUUUGCCCGAAGCGCGCGGCGCUUCGUAGUUAACACCAACAUCAACUCCCGGUCCUGGUUUCUCUGUCGUUAUGAUGACGACGAGGAGGACGAGGAGGGCGAUGGCGACGAAGUGACCCACGAGGAGAGGAAGGACAAGAAGAAGGCACUCUCCUACACCCCUACCUUCGGGAGCCACUACUUCUGGUACAAGGGUCGGCUUCUGAUCUUCCGCCGCACCCAGAACCGCGAGCAAAACGGCAACCUGCUUGCCAGCGAGCGCGAGGAGAUCUCGCUGUCUUGUUUUGGGCGCAACCCCAGUGUACUGAAGGAGCUUCUUCUCGAGGCUCGCACCAUCUAUAUGAAGCGAGACGAAAAGAAGACUCUGAUUUACCGGGGUGCGAGCAGGGUGGGCAGCUCGGAGCCGACCUGGCAGCGCUGCAUGGCUCGGGCCAGUCGACCAUUCUCGACAGUCAUUCUGAACGAGCAGGUGAAGAAGGACCUCAUCGAUGAUGUCACCGACUAUCUCGACCCGGCCACCAGGCGGUGGUAUUCAAACCGCGGUAUCCCUUACCGCCGUGGGUAUCUGCUCCAUGGCCCGCCUGGUACUGGUAAAUCUUCGUUGAGUCUGGCUCUGGCUGGCUUCUUCAAGAUGAGGAUCUACAUCGUCAGCCUGAACUCCAUCAACUCCAACGAAGAGAGCCUCGCCUCCCUGUUCGCCGAGCUCCCUCGCCGCUGCGUUGUCCUGCUCGAAGACAUUGACACCGCUGGACUGACGCACACUCGAGAGCAUUUCGAACCGGACGAUGAAGACGAUGACAAGCCCUCAGGUGGACAGGAGCCUUCCAAGCCGGACAUCCUGGGGAGGCUCUCCCUGUCCGGUCUGCUCAACAUCCUGGACGGUGUCGCCAGUCAGGAAGGCCGUGUCUUGAUCAUGACGACCAACCACCUGGAGAAGCUCGACAAGGCUCUCAUCCGGCCGGGGCGUGUCGACAUGAUUGUCAAGUUUGACCGUGCCGACGAGGGCAUGAUUGCGUCCAUCUUCAGGGCCAUCUUUGCUCCUCACGAAGCUGACGAACCACCGUCGCCCGAGGCCAAGGACUUUGCCGACGCCGAGGCAAUCAAAGAGCUGGCCGCGACGGAAACCAAGAAACGCGACGAGAUCACAGAGCGGGUCAACAAGUUCGCCGAGGACUUCGCCGCCAAGAUCCCGUCUCAUGAGUUCAGCCCGGCCGAGAUCCAGGGCUUCCUCCUCCGGCACAAACGCAUCCCCGACGCUGCCAUCGCUGGUGCCGAGCAGUGGGUUGUCGAUACGCGUAAGGAGAAGAAAGAGAAGGAGCUCAGGGAGGCCGAGGACAAGCGCAAGGAGGAAGAAAAGAAGAUGAAGGAGAAGGAAGAGGCAGACAAGAAGAGCAAAGAUGAGGAAAAAAAGAAGAACAAAAAGCAAGCUCGCAAGGAAGCCAAAAAGAAGAACAAGGCGAAAAAGGAGGAAGCCUCGUCUGACCCCUCAGACACGUCCUCUUCCGAUGGCGAGUCGGAAGCGGAGUCUGGAACAUCGGAUAAGGCGACGGUGGAGGAGGGUAAGCAAAAGAAGAGCCAAGGCAAGGCUGGGGAGGAGGAGCACGAAGAGAAACGGGCUGAUUCCGGCUAUGGGUCCCCAUCGUGA